AUGUGUGCAACCCCCGUGAUUGUAUGGUGCCACCCGCGCUCGUGCUCAACCGCGUUUGAGCGUGCCUUUUUGCAGCGCAAAGACACACGUGCGUGGCACGAACCGCUGGGCGACCCGUUCUAUUACGCACACGACCGUGCGUGCCGACGCUUUGAUGAGGACGAGUGCGCCAAGUCGGCGUCUUACCACACGAGCAUCGAGCAGACGCUCGUGGGCAUUCUGGAGCAGUCUGCGACGGCCAACGAAGGCGCGCCGUGCCGCUACAUUUUUAUCAAGGACAUGGCGCUGUACAUAUUCUCCCAGGCUACGUUGCAUGCUUUACACCCAGACUCGCGCGUAUUUCCCGCGGCUGAGACGGCGUAUACGCAGCUCACCAAAGGAGACAAUCCAACGGUUGUGUCCACCGCGCUCCUCCGCCGGUUCAAACAUACGUUCCUGGUGCGCACGCCGGAGAGGAGUGCACCGAGCUACUACAAAUGCACCGAAGAGCACGCCGCGGGCUUUCAGUUUUUUGACCCUGCCGAGAUGGGCUACACGGAGCUGAAGCUUUUGUACGACUGGAUCGCGGACCCCAGCUCCGCAUUCCAUCGCGACGAGCAGGACGAAGAAAAGUAUAAGGCAUGGCCCGUGCAAACGCAGCCCAUGCCGCCCCCGCUGGUGGAUGCCGCUGUACUGGUCGCAGAGCCGGAAGCUACGGUGAAGCACUACUGUGCACAGUCCGGCAUUCCAUUUGAGGAAGAGAUGCUCUCGUGGAAGUCGGGGCGUGUCGACCAAUUCGAAAAAUGGGGCACGUACCACGACAAGGCUGAAAAAAGUACGGGCUUUUACGACGACUCCAAGAAGCGGCAGACAGACACAAAGCAGCCGCCGAUUGUGGAACAGACGAUCGCUGCUGACAUGCCCACGUACGAGUACCUGUACGAGAAGCGCACCAUCCUGGGCUCAUAG